AUGGGGAAGCUACGUACUCGUAAAGGACGGGUAACACGCUACUCGCAAUGUCUAGCGCCGGCAAUUCGGCGUUACGGCGUGGAGUACGGUGCGGGAUCGACGAAACAAAUUGGCGUCGGCCGACGUACGAACGCCGGAGUGAAAUUUUAUAACCUCGUAAAAAUCCAUGCGCUAACCGCCUCCGGCACGGGCACGGAGUGGCCCCUGCUUCGGCGC